AUGAGACUCCAUUCCCUCCUUUCUGUUUUCCUCCUCUUUGUGACUAUAAUAUCAGAAGGAAAGGCUGGCGUUAUCCCAGGGCUAAAACAGUGUAUUACUUUGAAAGGAGUGUGCAAAACUGGAGGAUGUACCAGCGUAGAUGAUACCCUUGGUGUGUGUAAUUAUGAAAAAAAAUGUUGUAGAAAGUGGUGGAUAUUGAAUCCUUAUCCAACGCCGAUUCCCAAAGGAAAAUCUCCUUAG